AUGACCAAUUGGGCUCCUUUGGUCGUGCUCGGUGCAGUCAUUACAAUUACUGUAGAGGCAGCAUCAGCUCUUUGUGCCUACAAUGUUGACUCCUCUGCAGUCUCCGUGUCUGGUCUAUCCAGCGGCGGCUUCAUGUCCGCACAGCUCGGUGUGGCAUAUUCAAAUGUCUUUCAGGUCGGAUUUGGUGUUUUCGCUGGUGGCCCUUUUGAUUGUGCCCGUAAUCAGGCUUAUACAACCUGCAUGUACAAUCAAAAUCCCUCCAUUACCACGCCGACUGCCAACAUGAAGUCGUGGAGCGGUGAUGAGAUUGCCACGACGAGCAACUUGGCAAAUCGCAAGAUUUACCUUUGGGAAGGGUCCGCAGACACCACCGUCGGCCCUAACGUGAUGAAUGCGUUGCAUACCCAGCUCAGCAGUUUCGAUGUUUCGGCUGAUGUAUCGUACGUGACGACAAGCGGUGCCGUGCACACCUUCCCCACUGAUUUCGACGGCUCAGGCGACAACUCCUGCAGUAUGUCCACUUCUCCCUAUAUCAGUAACUGUGACUAUGAUGGUGCUGGAGCAGUCUUACAAUGGAUGUAUGGCUCCUUGAAUGCCAGGAACACCGGCACCCUCACCGGUAGCGUCGUUUCCUUUGCCCAGACGGGUGAAUACGGUGCCGCUGGCAUGGACACAACCGGCUAUCUUUACGUUCCUGCCAACUGUCAGAGUGGCUCCACAGUCUGCAAACUGCAUGUUGCCCUACAUGGAUGCUUGCAGAGCUAUAGCAAUAUCCAGAUGGACUUUAUUCAGAAUACAGGUUACAACAUGUGGGCGGAUACUAACAACAUCAUCAUCCUCUACCCUCAAGCAAUCCCUGACAAUACUAUGCACAGCAUCUGGGGAGGCAGUGAGCUAAGCAACCCGAACGGCUGCUGGGAUUGGGUGGGUUGGUAUGGAGCCAAUGCUGACCAAAUAGGAGGCGUUCAAAUGGUGGCCAUUGUUAACCAGAUGGCUCAGAUCAUGAGCGGUAACACCGGCGGUACCUCUCCCAGCGGGGGUAGUACUACCACGUUGAAAACCACGGCGAAGCCGACAACUACAACUACCAGCUCUGGAAGCAGUGGAGCUGGUGCGCCCUUGUAUGGACAAUGUGGCGGGUAUGGAUGGACUGGUCCAACAACUUGUGCGCAAGGCGUUUGCACAGCCUAUAGCACUGAAUAUGCCCAGUGCCUGCUACCCCUCUAA